ACUGAGCCACCCAGGCAUCCCUACCACAUACUUUUAGAGUCUUCAUUGAGGGAGUCUGAGGAAAGAAGGGACAAAACUGAAGACUCCCUUCAAUAAAGGAGAAAGACUCAGGUGAAGGUUGUGACGCUUUUUUCUCGUCCCAACUGUGUGGACAGUGCCACACGCCCUCUGAACGACGACGGCCCUUGCGUGCAUCUUCCGCUGUUUCUCUUGCCAGAGGGCCCAGCAGAGCCGCCGGCCGUCCAGUGCCAGCCCUGAGCUGAGCGAGGAGCGCCCAGCCGAGAUGGUGAAGAUGACAAAAUCCAAAACGUUCCAAGCUUAUUUGCCAAACUGUCACCGAACCUACAGCUGUGUCCACUGCAGAGCCCACCUGGCCAACCACGAUGAGCUGAUCUCCAAGUCUUUUCAGGGAAGUCAGGGACGAGCCUACCUCUUCAAUUCUGUGGUCAACGUGGGCUGUGGCCCUGCGGAGGAGAGGGUCCUUCUUACUGGGCUGCACGCGGUUGCAGACAUCUACUGUGAAAACUGCAAAACCACGCUCGGGUGGAAAUAUGAACAUGCCUUUGAAAGCAGUCAGAAAUAUAAGGAAGGAAAAUUUAUUAUUGAGCUUGCCCACAUGAUCAAAGACAAUGGUUGGGAGUAAAGUGAAAACUUCGUUCUCUUCUGAAUACUAGUUUGUGGAAGAGACUGUAAGUGUAACGGAGACAUAGGAGCACCCUGGACGGCCGUAUUUCUUGAACUUGAACCUUGCAGCGGGCGGGCCUUUCCCGGCCGUUCCGGUGGUAAGGUGUCCCUCCAGCCUCUGUCCUGUUCACGUACCUGGCUGUUUCUGAAAUGUUUCAGUGACCUUUUUCCCAACUUCUCAAGUUCUAGAGACAGAAUUAACCAAUUGAUGACUUACCUAUCUAGUUAAUACCUUCUUUUAAGCUAUGCCUUUACGAUAGAGUUUGGCUGUGCUCUUUCAUGUUUGAUAAAAAAAAAAAAAAAAAAAAUUUCUGCAGACCACAGGGUUAGGGUGCUUUUCAGAGAGCGAGUUCACGCCGCUCUUUCUGAGUAAGGAUACUGUAGGCCACUUUUUCUCCUAAUUCCUGAAACUACAGAUGAGUUAUUCUAUUCCUCUUCCAGAUGAACUGUUAAGGCAUAGUGCUCAUUUAAGAAUCUUCCAGAAACAGUCAACAAAUCUGUACACCAAGGGGCCUUUUUUUUUUUUUUUGAAGGCUUGCUCAGAACUAGAAGAUACCACUGAUUACAUUUUAGACAAGCUAUAAAUAGAGAAAUCUGUCUAAUGGAACAUCUUGUUUAUUUAAGCCAACGCUUCUUUAUCUAGAAAGCAAGCAUUAGCAAAGGCUGUUCCAAGGGGCCGCAGGUGCGUCUGUGCGGAGGCCACAGUCCGGCAGGGCUCUGGAAGUGGAGCUUCUGUGUCAGUCACUGACAGGGUGGUCUGCGCAGUGAGGGAUGAACUCACUGGACGGAAUCAAAUCGGAUUUCCUUUUCUGUUCUGAUGUACUUGAAGAAAAAGAAAUACUUUUGCAUAUGGAAGAGGCCAGAACUAGCAGGCUGAACUUCCAAACUUGAGAUUUGGGAGAUCAUUUUAAAAUUUUUUUAGGAAAGGUUAAAGUUUCAAAACAGAUUUAAACUUCGUAAAUGAAUAUGGGUCUCCCGUGCCCCACUGGUUCUGCCCCUUGAGCUGACACAGAAGGGACCUGGAUGGUCGUCUACACCUUGUGUCUCAGCAAUGUAUUUUAAGUUCCAAUCCACCAGUGCCUCCGCAGGGAGACGGCACUACACAAGGUUCUGGCCAGUUUUCAGAGAAUGAAGGCCAAAAACCAUUCCCAAAUCGGUUUUGGUUUUCAAGUUUCCGAGCUGACUCCAGCUGCCUGGCCCGGCCUGCUGCUCCAGGAGUCUGGCAGGGCCUUGGGUGUAGCAUGGCAUGAAACUCCUGAGACCUCAUUGCCGAGGGGCAGGAAAAGGGCCCAAAGAGGCAGGGAGAGAGAAGGGCAGCGUACCCAGACGUUUCUCAGCCCGGCCGGUGGCUCUGAAACCACUGCAGCAAAGGUCAGCCCAGGGCGAGUGUGAGCUGGCCAGGAAGGGCGAGAGAACAGCUUUCCAGUCCUGUGGGAGGUCCCGGCCCUCCCCGGAGCCCAGAGCCCAUGGCCAGGCACUGGGCUCCCCUGACUGGUUCUGGCGCAGCUGCUCACCCAGAGCUUCCCUUUUGGCACUGUCUCUCUGGCUAAAAGCGAAGCCUUAGAACGUGGGGAGAUGCAGCGCCCCACCCUGGGUGAGGGGACGGGCGCCCAGGUUAGUGUCCGCGCAUAUCCCAGCGUCAAGGGCAGGUCUUUGUACAGCUGUGUGGGCCUCUGCGCGUGCAGGUACUCCAGCGGGCUGUUGCUUCCCCGAGCUGGCGUCCCCCGCAGGUUUAGGUUGUCCCAGCACAGUCCCCAUGUGUAUACGUUCACGUUCAGCUGUACAGCCUUCAGGCGCCCCGGGGCCUAGGCCUGCACGCGUGGCGCACUCGCUGCCAGGCUCCAGAACCCGAAGACGCUUCACCCUCGAGCUGGCACAGGCAGCGUGGACAUCUGCGGCUUCGGUCCUCAGUGGCCACUUUGAAGGGAUGGCAAGGCCCUUUAAUUUGAGGAGUGAGUGCUCCUCAUUGAGAACUUCGCCUAAACUGACAUCUCCCUCCUUGCCUUGGUUCCUCAGCAAGCCUCCAUGCUGCGCCCGAGGCCCCGAGAGGAUGAGGGCUGGGGGGGGCGGGUCCUCGGGGCACCGAGGGCCAGGCUCCUGAGUGUUUCCCAAGCUCUUCGUUUAAACUGAAGAAUCUUCUCAAAUUCUUCUGACCGAGUUUUGUAUAUACUAAACUAUAUUUAAAGCUUUUAUAUGUUUUGGGCAAGUUUACUGCUCCUUGGAUUUGAGCACUUUGGUUUUUGUAUUGUCUUUUGUGAUGGCAUUGAAACAUUUUUACUAGUGGUCUUAGGCUUUUUUUUUUUGGUAAUUGAUACCAACGAAAAACUCUUUACCACUUUUACUUGUUGGUCUUCUGAAAAAUCCAAGCUCCUUUCAAAACCAAAUGAACAGACCAUGAGCUGGCUUCAGGGGAAGGACAUUCAGGAGACCACACAAAACCAGACGUGCUGGCGAAGUGUGGGAAUGUCCCACCCUCUUAAAUUCUGAGACACUAAAUAUCAUCCUGCAACUUUUAUUUAAAUUAUUUAAAGUAUUUGUUUCCUUAAAGAAUGGGAGAUGAUGCCAGGACCAGAAAUGCACUGAACUUCAACCAUGUUGCAUUCUCUGGCUUGGCGCGUCUGCUUUAUCAGUGUGGUUUCAUUUCGUUGCUGUUUUAUAUAUACAUAUAUAUAGUAUUUUUGUACCUUAAUGCUUAUUCUUGAUGGCAUCUGUCAGAUAUUAGGCGAGAUCAGACAUGGGAAUUUUUCCAAAAGCCCUUUUAAUUUACCUGAGGACCUCACCAGGUACUUACAAAAUCCAAGCGGUUUUAUUAUUUAGAAAAUUAAUUUAAAAGUUCCCAAACGACCUACAGAAAUGUAAACCCUCCUUUGUCAAAGGCUUUUGGGUGGGCCUGCAGCCAAGGGUGGGCUGGCCAUGCUUUGGGCCAGGUGGGUGUGGUCACUGGGUGCAGCUGGAAGGACAUACAGAUGGACAGCAGCCAGAAGGUUUGCCCCUUGGAACAGAACUGCCAAGCUCACGUGCACAAGCCUCCUUCAGCCUCUGCGUCCAGCCCUCUGUCCUCUAUGUCUGUGUGAGGUUGAAAAAUAAAGCUUCCACUGUCA